UCUCCGCUCCGCAGCGGGCCGGGCGCCCAGGUCGGCGACGACACGGGGCCCGAAAGUCGGCUGCGCGGGCCGGCGGCCGGGGACCGGGCAGGCCGCGAGGCCUGGCGGGAUCGAGGUCCGGAGUUUGCGGGUCCGAGGCCCGGCCGGAGAUACCGAAUCAGAAGCUCAGAGAGGUGAAGCGACCUCCCCAAGGCCGCGCAGCGCUGGUCAGUGGCCAUGACUGGAUUGGAAACCUGCAGCGUCCGUUCCUAGUCGGUGCCAAGUGAAGUUCGGGAAAACAAGAGGAGAGGGGGAAGGUCACCAGGCCACUGGAGCUGCCAGCUGUUUGGAAGUACGACGCUGCAGAAGGGGAAGUGGAGAGUGAGGGCCGGGCUCCGUGGGGGCUGAUGAGCGGCUGGCAGCUGAAUUUGCACUGGGUGCUGCGUUUGUUUUGUGUGCUGCUGAUGGUGGAGAUGGUGCCCGGGGCCAGGGGCCCAUUUACGGGGGCCCACAUGAGCCCCGUGUUUUCAGCCUCUGAUGCGAAGCAGACCUCCACGGUAGACGUGUAUAUCCAGUGUCGGGAAGUGUGCAGCCUGAACAUCUCUGACCGCUGUGAUUUCAUCAGGACCAACCCUGACUGCCGCAGCGAGGGGGGCUACCUCAACUACCUGGAGGACAUCUUCUGCCACUUCCCGCCCAACCUCCUCCCUCUGGCCGUCACCAUCUAUGCUUUUUGGCUGCUUUACCUGUUUCUGAUUCUGGGCGUCACUGCGGCAAAGUUCUUCUGCCCUAACUUGUCGGCCAUUUCCACCUUGCUCAAGCUUUCUCACAACGUGGCAGGCGUCACCUUCCUGGCGUUUGGGAACGGGGCACCUGACAUCUUCAGCGCCCUGGUAGCUUUCUCAGACCCGCGCACAGCCGGCCUGGCCCUUGGGGCUCUGUUUGGCGCCGGUGUGCUGGUGACCACCGUGGUGGCCGGCGGCAUCGCCAUCUUGCGCCCCUUCACGGCCGCCUCCAGGCCCUUCCUCAGGGACAUCAUUUUCUACAUGGUGGCCGUGUUCCUGACCUUCACCGCACUCUACCUCGGCAGAGUCACGCUGGCCUGGGCCCUGGGUUACCUAGGCUUGUACGCGUUCUAUGUGGUCACCGUGGUCGUCUGCACCUGGAUCUACCAGUGGCAGCGGAGGAGGUCCUUGGUCUGUUCCGUCCCAGGUACCCCAGAAAUGCUCUCAGACUGUGAGGCGGAGCCUGUGUCUUCCAACAGCUAUGACUACAGUGAAGAGUACCGGCCGCUUCUCUUCUACCAGGAGACCACGGCUCAGAUCCUGGCCCAGGCCCUCAACCCCCUGGAUUACAGGAAGUGGAGGAACAAGUCUGCCUACUGGAGGGUCCUCAAGGUGUUCAAGCUGCCCGUGGAGCUUGUCCUGCUGCUCACUGUCCCCGUCGUGGACCCCGACAAGGAAGACGGCAACUGGAAACGGCCCCUCAACUGCCUGCACCUGGUCACCAGCCCGCUGGUCGUGGCCCUGACCCUGCAGUCGGGGGUCUAUGGCUUCUACGAGAUCGGCGGCCUGCUCCCUGUCUGGGCCGUGGUGGUGAUCGCGGGCACAGCCCUGGCUGCAGUGACCUUUUUCGCCACAUCCAACAGUGAGCCUCCCAGGUGUCACUGGAUGUUUGCAUUCCUGGGCUUCCUGACCAGCGCCCUGUGGAUCAACGCCGCCGCCACAGAGGUGGUGAACAUCUUGCGGUCUCUGGGUGUCGUCUUCCGGCUGAGCAACACUGUCCUGGGGCUCACGCUGCUGGCCUGGGGGAACAGCAUUGGAGGUGGCUCGGGGCCGGAUGCCUUCUCAGAUUUCACGCUGGCGCGCCAGGGCUACCCACGGAUGGCCUUCUCCGCCUGUUUCGGCGGCAUCAUCUUGAAUAUCCUGGUAGGAGUAGGGCUGGGCUGCCUACUGCAGAUCUCCAGGAGCCAUGCGGAGGUGAAGCUGGAGCCAGACGGACUGCUGGUGUGGGUCCUGGCGGGCACCCUGGGCCUCAGCCUCGUCUGCUCCCUGGUCUCGGUCCCCCUGCAGUGUUUCCAGCUGGACAAGGUCUACGGCUUCUGCCUGCUCCUCUUCUACGUCACCUUCCUUGUGGUGGCCCUGCUUACCGAAUUUGGGGUGAUUCGCCUGAAAAGUGUGUGAGCCGCGCCGCAUGGCUGGGGGCCCCCUGCUGGCCGGGAGGCAUCACUGCAGACAGCGAGAUGGAAGCCCGGCCUGGGGUGGCGCCACGGAGGCCGGGGGGCGGGGGGUCUCGGCUGCUGCCCUGCGCAGGGUGACCAGCUAAGCCUCGCCUCUGGGACGCUGGAGACCGGGCUUCGCUAUGGACAGAGUUGCAGACAGAAGGUAGACAUCCUUGAUCAUUGGUGGAGCCUCUUGGAAGGUGAAAGGGAUGACGGAGUGCCUUCCAAGCUGGUCCUGGAAGACCAGCGGAGCGCUGGGGCCUGGAGCCACAUCGUGCUGCCUUCCUGCGUCUUCUCGGGACUCCCUCAAACUGCCGCCAAAGCCGGGCCCGGUCAGGGUGACUCCGAGGGCGGGCGGAACACCACGGGCCUCAGGCCACCUUGGGCUGAGUUCUCCAGCUGCACCACCCGGCAGACGAGGCCGUGAGACACCUACCUGAUUUUGGAAUUUCUAGUCUCCAUGUUAAUAAAAGCCCAAACAAACGGGAAGUGAGCGGUACUAUAUGGCUCCAUGGCUCCAAACUAUUGGCACGUGGCUCUGGCUGCUUGGACGGCACGGCUCUAGCCUCUACCUCCGGAGCGGUCCGCUGACUGUCGGCAAACACCUCUGUGUCCUGAGCCUUGGGUCUCCCCAGCUGCGAGACAGGAGUCAUUUUGACUGUGCCCUGCGUCUACCUCAGGGGGAGCCCUGGGCUGCGGUCACAAGGCCCGAAAGCUCCAGGGAGGACACGUGGAGUGCUCCCCAGCACCUUCCCGCUGUCCCUCCGCUGACCUGACUUUCGAAGGAGCACCUUGGCAGUUUGCCCGACUGCCUUGUGCCAGCAGCGGCAAAGGGAUAUAACGGUCUUUCUUUCCAGGGAAAAAAUUAUUAAAUGUUUCAAGUGUACAGAAAGGAACAGA